GCCCCCCGUAUCCCUUCCCUCCUCUGCCCCCGCCCCUUUCCCCUGCACCCCUAUCCCAGGGGGGUUGGGGAAGUGGUAGAAGGAGAAAGCAAGGGGAGGAGGAAUUGGGGAGGCCAGUGAAGAUGGGGAACACUACGUCUUGCUGUGUGUCGUCCAGCCCCAAGCUCAGGAGAAAUGCCCACUCCCGGCUGGAGUCCUAUCGGCCCGAUACUGAGCUGAGCCGGGAGGACACAGGCUGCAACCUGCAACACAUCAGCGACCGAGAGAACAUCGAUGAUUUGAACAUGGAAUUCAACCCUUCAGACCACCCUCGGGCCAGCACAAUAUUCCUCAGUAAAUCUCAGACCGACGUGAGAGAAAAGCGUAAGAGCCUCUUCAUCAACCACCAUCCUCCAGGACAGAUGGGAAGGAAAUACAGCUCCUGUUCCACUAUUUUCCUAGAUGAUAGCACAGUCAGUCAACCAAACCUCAAGUAUACAAUUAAAUGUGUAGCUCUUGCAAUAUAUUAUCACAUCAAAAACAGGGACACAGAUGGAAGGAUGCUCUUAGAUAUUUUUGAUGAAAAUCUUCACCCCCUUUCGAAAUCCGAAGUGCCACCAGACUACGACAAACACAACCCAGAACAGAAGCAGAUUUACCGGUUUGUUCGGACGCUGUUCAGUGCAGCCCAGCUGACGGCCGAGUGCGCCAUUGUCACCCUGGUAUAUCUUGAAAGACUUUUAACUUACGCAGAGAUAGAUAUCUGUCCAGCAAAUUGGAAGAGAAUUGUACUUGGCGCCAUUCUGUUGGCGUCCAAAGUUUGGGAUGACCAGGCAGUCUGGAACGUGGAUUACUGCCAGAUCCUGAAAGACAUCACAGUAGAAGACAUGAAUGAGCUGGAGCGACAGUUUCUCGAAUUGCUGCAGUUUAACAUCAAUGUUCCUUCCAGUGUUUACGCCAAGUAUUAUUUUGAUCUUCGUUCCCUGGCAGAAGCAAAUAACCUCAGCUUUCCCUUGGAGCCCCUCAGCAAGGAAAGGGCUCACAAGCUUGAGGCCAUCUCUCGUCUAUGUGAAGACAAAUACAAGGACUUAAGAAGAUCUACAAGAAAGCGGUCAGCUAGUGCUGACAAUCUGGCUGCACUGCAGUGGUCUCCAGCCAUCAUCUCCUAACAGUGGCAUGUAGGAUAUUCUUACAAAAAUACUGUUUUCACCCCUCCAGUUUCUCAUUUGAUUUGGGAAAACACAAAGACUCUGGGGUUUUUUGGUUACGUUUUUGUUUGGUUUUGUUUUUAAUCCUUAGCUCCGACAAGCUGCCUUUACACUGCCUCCUCACCGUGCGGCACACAUGCAGCAACUUUUCAGUGGAAAGCUAAAUCAGUAUUUUGGAAAUUCUGUCUCAUGCCUUUUCCCCCUGAUGUCACUAACCUUUGGCGAGGGAAUGGGGGACUCUGAUCCUGCAGGAAGAAACAGAGGAAAAGGAAAGUAGUGUAGAGGCAAGAAAGAAAGACAUAAAUGACUGUCAUCUUUUUGAGACACUGUGCUCAUCAAUAGAAAAAUACAAAACAAAAACAAAACAGGAGAUAAACACGUUUGGAUAUGCUCUAAGGAAACUGGGUGGCAUUGUUUUUACCUUAACCUGAAAUUCAGCUCAGUAUGUUCUGUUGGAUUUUUUGCAUUCCUUCUAGCUGCAUUUCAGAGUUUGGGGGAUGUGGGUUUUUUUGUUCUUCUUUUUUUUUUUUAGUCCUGCAGAGCAGAGAAUACAGUCUGUAUCUACCAUAGCACAAACAUCCAAAUAAAUAGUAUUGGUUGUUCCUCACUGCACUAUUCUCUGUGAGCUGUCUUCUUAGCCAUCCUCCUUGAGAAAUAUUAUGCAUUUCUUAUGUUUCUAAACACCUAAAUUGUACCUUUAAUUUUUCCCCAGCAACGAAAAAGUUACCUUGACCACAGUACUGAAAUACAAAGCGAUCCAACGUUCCUGCACUAUUUCUUCUUAAUUUUAUCCCCACCAAAAAAAAAAAAAGAGAGAGAGAGAAUUCACAGAAAGUGCUUGUGCCUUCCUCUGUUCUUGGAGCGGUUUUGUUUUCUCUGACCUAAAGACACAAAUAAAUGUCAAAACACUCGGACUUGGUGGGCCAAGAGGAAGCAACUUGCUGCAGAAAUCUCUAUUGGGUUGUGAUUCCCCCAUCCUCGCCUUCCCCCAAGCAUUUAGAUCCUUGCUUGAAAUCACAUCACAAGAGUGUGUUGGGUUUUUUUUUUUUGUAUAGCCCACUUAAUUCAUUCCUCCAUUUCCAUUGUUGCAAGCAAUAUCCUCCUCAAUUUUUAUAUGUUUACUUUAAAUCAAAGUUAAGUCUGUUUGUAUAAAAAUUUUUUUAAAAACUUAAAAAAAAUGGGUGGGUGGGAGGAGGGUUUCACUGGGAAGAUAAUUGAAGAGAUGAAUGUUAACCUUUACUGAGAUAUUUUUCAUAGAUUGAAUUAAAAACAAACAAGCAAACAAACCAACCCACCGCCACCACCACCACCAUAAACUCAACUUGUAUUUUUCAUUGUGGGUGCUCAGAGAAAUUCAAACAAAAUUCAAACUGUGAAGAAGGUUGCUGUUUCAUAAGUUAUGAUUGUACCUUUUUCAUUUCCUAAUUAUUCCUGGUUUUCUUUAUGAGAUAAAGCAGAAUAUUUUAUAGUAAUGUGAAGCAUGGUACAGCAGAUAGAGGGCCAUCUUAGAGUCAGGAAGACCUGGAUUCAAAUGCUGCCUUUGACACAUACUAAUUGAGAUCAUGAACAAGUUUGUUAAUCCCUCUGUGCCUCAGGCAACUCGGAUCUGCAUCCAUGGUGGGAAUUUCCACCCCCUGGAGUUCCCUCUACCAAUGAAAUCACAGGUCUGGACCUAUUUAUGUAACUGACAUUAAAACAUAUCUAGGUGGGUGGGGAGAGUGGAACUCAAGUCAAUUAAUCUGAUCCUGUGAAACAUUUUUUUAAAAUACUUAUCCUUUGGAUCUGAUAACAAAGAAGAUCCCUACCUUCACCUCCCCACCCUGUUUCCUUAAUCAGUGAUGUCAGUGGCAGAUUUCUUCAGUUUUUUUACAUGCUUUUUUUGGACUAAUUGAAAAUGGAAGGCUCUUCCAUUAGUUUUCUUCCCCACCUUAGUGCCCAAAGGUCAUAGACCUGACCCGUGAAUAUAUUUAUUCACACCUCUCAGUGAAACAUGCCUUUGAAACAAAUGGCCUUCUGAGGGCCAAGGAAUAUCAGUUCUAGACUGAAUAUUCUCUAUUUGCAGGCUUGUGAUUGAUCCCCCUCUGUGACCUGAUUGUUGGCCCAGAAUGAUCCACCCAGUUCUUUCUGAUCUAUCAUUAAAAAAGAAAGAAAGAAAGAAAGAAGCAAAAAGAAAGAAAACUUCACAAAGAAAAGAAAAAAACCCAAAUCUCAAAAUGAAAUCCCUCCUUCCCCUGAUUGUUCCCAUUCACUUGGUAUGAUUAAUCAACUAACUUCUCUGUUCACAUACAGGUUCAAUUUGGAACAGAAAACAGAGCUCUGAAAAAGUAAUAGAAAGUACAAAAUGUAUUCCAAAAAUCUAUCUUGCUGAAAAAAAAAUAAAGGGACAUAUUUUCUUAGCUUCUGGAAUUUUAAUACCUCUCAAGAAAAAUGAGUUCCUACCAUAAUGUAGAUGGUCAUUGUCUUUUACCAAACCAUUUCCGAAAAGAAGUUCUGUUAUCUUUCUAACAGAAAUUGUAGUUUUAUCCCUUUUAUUUGAAUGAGAGACAUAUGAACUUUGAAUUAUGUAAAUAUCUCAAUGCAUCUGCUAUAAUUUUGUGGAGUUUAUUAAAACUACUUUAAAGAUUGUAUAGUCUAUUUAUUGUAUGUAUGUACAUACAGUCUGAUACUUAAAAUUUAAAGUGGAUUCCAUAAAAUUUGGCUCAGUCUUGUUUAGACUAUUGAAUAUUGUUUUAGCCUUGUGCACUGGACUCUACCUCUGUAUAGGAGAAUUUUCCAUCCUCUUUCAUUAGUAUUGAUUCUGUGAUUAACUUGGUUAUGUUUCUUGCACUAAGGUUUUAUUUUAAAUCUGCUGUAAGUGUAGAUUUUCUGUUUUCAGUUUUGCCAUAGAAAUCAUUUGACCUGUAGGUGAAUAGUUAUUUUUGGUUUAUUUUUUUCUACAUGAUAAUGAAAACUUGCUUUUUUUUUCCAAUUUGUUCUGUUUGCCAAAAAAAAAAAAAGUACAGUACCUAUUGAUAAAUGGUAGUGACUGUAAUCUGUUUGCAAGGUGAUUUAAUACCAUACAAUUAAAACAAAUUACUAUUUAGGAA